AUGACAUCGAUCUACCAGCUUUAUGCACUCCUAACAUCGCAUCCGGGAUCUUUUUUGGAUUACUCUGCUUGGAUUGCUCUAAGAGGAUACUCUUCAAGUGAUACCGGGCCAUGCCCCAUAAACUCAAAACCCAUCACAGAGGGCCUCUGGAUAGCACGAUAUAUUUAUGAUCACGUUACACCUUAUCUCCCAGAAACUUAUUUCGAGCAUGAUAUCAGGCUGACCUCUUUGAAAAAACAAUAUGUUGAAUCUUUGGAUACCAAAGGCUUCAGUAGGCUUAUUUACCUUGUAAACCGCCAUCUGAUUUUAACCUCCACCACUGAGUUUGGCCGCUUUGAUAGUAGCAUAGCAAACGACCCCUCCACUUCUCAAACAUCUAGUGCUGGCACUAAAAACCUUGAUCAAAUCAUUGAAUUUGAAAAAGAAAUUGAUACCCAUGAAUCUUUAGAACUCUUUUUAAUCACCUGCCUGACCACCCACGUCGCAUAUAACAAAAUCACAAGUACUGUCCAAAAAGAUAGCGUUUUUGCAGUACAAUGGGACGAGGAUACGGAAAAACGACUUGUGGAGAUGCAUAAUCGUGUUUUCCCCUCUGACCUCACCUACUCCGCAACUCCCCAGACUUUACCGUUACAUGCGGUCGAGGUUGCCGAAGAAGCUGCUGCAGACACGGCAGCAGCUCUGGCAUCUGUGGACAAUGAUGACGAGGAAAGUUCCCCACUUCUCGCUCAAAACGGUGUAGCAAACUCCCAUGACGAUUACGAUGAAGAAAAUGACAACCCCCUUUUUCAAAAAUCUUUUUAUGAACUAGACGUUUUUUCUCGAGUCCCACCUCCAAAGGAAAAUUAUAAGGCGGGCAAAGACUGGGUUGCACUGGGGUUCCAAGGUGCUAACCCAACCACAGAUUUUAGGGCAACCGGUCAUCUUGGACUUAAAUUUUUUGAAAGCUACUGCUUAUCUGACCCAGAGUCUGCUAGAAAUGUAAUGGCCGAGUCUGGAUCGUUCAAUGGCGAUCUUACAAAAGCAUGGUACCCUGUUGCCUUGGUAUCUAUUCACAUGUCUUUAUUUAUUAGAAAAAUCACUGGCGGACGUUUCCUCUAUAGAGGCCUGUUGCUCAAUCUAGAUUUAUUGAGCGUCUACGAGCUGAUCAAAACAUAUGCACAAACCCCGCAAGACGUCAACUUGCCAGAACUCAUUACGACCAUAGAAAAACAAAUGUCGGAUGCAUUAACCAAGCUACACAAUAAACUUGUGGAGAAAUACCAUAAAUUCUGGAGAAAUGAGGUCAAAAGCGGGGUCGUAAAGAGCCCGCUUGAUGUUGAUGCAAGUAUUAUUAGAUUCCAGGAAUCCAUACAGUUUAAAUUGUUUGAUGGAUCUUGGUCACUUUAG